UGCAUGCAUAUAUAUAUCAACUCCAAAUUCGAUUUGUAUUAUUUCCAUCAAAAACGCACCAUAAUAAUUUGCGUGAAUGUAAAACUUGUUUUUCACUUGACUCGACAAUUUCAAAAAUAAAACCGGUUGACAUUCAAUUUUAAAUAUAUAAGUAGACAACAUAUGGUUGAUAGAGUGCAUCAUGAAAUUAGGUGUACGUAUAUGUACCUGCUUCCAAUUAGCGUCAUCAAUUUCAGAGUAGAAGAGGUUUCGGGGCUGUAAAAUUUACAAUUUAGUCAGCCAUAUAAAAAGGUGAAGAGCUUGUGAUACUUUCUAGUUGAAAUCUGGUGUAGGAAGAUACAUGCAUACUUAAAAUUGUAUUUAAAAUUAGCGAAUUAUAUUGUAUUUUUAGUCUAUUUAUUGUGUAAUACGAGAAUAUUAGUGAUAACAAUGGAGAUAUUUAGGCAAGGUACAUUAUUGGCAGUCUUGACCUUUGCAUUUCACAUUGGAAUCAUAACCGGAAGUCCUUUGAGCGAAACUUCAGCUCUGGAAGGUGAGAGGGUUCCAAGGGCAAAAAGUGAUGUUAAUACCCAAAUGCUAGAAAAAAUCAAUGUCGACAAGUACUUGAAGAAUGAACGUGCAGUUCGGCAACAAAUUAAGUGCAUUCUCAAGAAUGGGCCAUGCGAUUCUGUGGGUAAAGAAAUUAAGAAACUGAUGCCCAUGAUUGUCAAAGGCAGUCAGAUUUGUGAAGAAUGCACCCCACAACAGUUGGAGAUAAUUAACAAGAUCAUAAAUCAUUUGAAGACUAAUUAUCCAGCAGAAUGGGCUGAAGGCGUGGAGAAAUUUGGAGCACCUGCCCAUGCAUAAAGACUGAAUAAUGUAGUAAAAUUAUUUAUAUAAAUGGAAAAAUAUUUCAAUUCGUGCUUAUGGAAAACUAUCUCUAAGAGAUUUAGAAAUAAAUUUAUUGCUGAGCACUGGCAACACUGAAUUGAAGGAAA